GAUCCUAGAACCAGAGAGAGCAGUAGCAGAAUCAAGCUACCGAAUAUGCCUCCGCUCAUCCCUCUAUUUCACUAUAAUAAUGCUUGUGGAGCUCAUCUUGCGAUAGCAACCUGCUUCUGCAAGUAAAUCGAGAAUCCGUCGCUCCACUGCAAAUCUCAGAUCAAACCGAAUUCAUCGCCCUUGUUGAUUUCGUAACGUUUGUGGAGAAAAACUUUACAUCUCUUCUGAUAAUUCAAAGAUUCCAAUGGAGAGGGAGUUCCAUAAAUAGAAUCUGAUCGAGUGGUGUGGUCGGAGAGGAGUCCAAACGAAAGUAGAAGAUCCUUUGUUGCGGUACUGGAGCGAUCUUCCACUGCGCGCACCUCGGAAGGAUUGCAUUUGUUCCGAAUUGAUGGAAGGCGGAGUCGAGAUCGAAGAAGAACCGCCGUGCAACAUCGAUGAUAAGAUCUUUGUGGCGGUCGGAAAGGAAGUGAGAGAGAACCUAUCCGUUCUGCUAUGGACACUGAGGAACUCAGGAGGGGAGAAGAUCUGCAUCCUUCAUGUUCAUCAGCCGGCACAGUUGAUCCCGAUGGGUCCCAUGGGUGGAAAAUUUCCAGCAAGCAAAGUGAAGGAACAGGAAGUGAGGGCAUACCGGGAGCUUGAAAGGGCAAAGAUGAAUGGCGUUUUAGAUGAAUAUCUAUCGACUUGUGCAAAAGAAGGGGUAAGGGCAGAGAAACUAGUCGUGGAAGCGGAAGACACAAAGAAAGGGAUUGUAGAUGCCAUCUCACAACAUGAGAUCAAAAAGCUUGUGAUGGGAGCAGCAUCAGACAAGUACUAUUCGAAGAGGAUGACACAGCUCAGAUCCAAGAAAGCAAUUUUUGUGUGCGAACAAGCGCAAAUUUCCUGCGAUAUAUCGUUUGUCUGCAAGGGUAUUCUCAUCUUCAGAAGGGGCAACGAAACAGGGGUAUCUCCUCCAAUGCUGGCAACUGGUCCAAUCAGUGGAAUCAAUCAACCAGAGUACACAAAAUCUCUAUCCUUUCCACAGGCACAGAGAGAUCAUUUUGCUGUAAUUAGCCCGGAUAAUGACUUCUUCCGACGAGUGAGAUCUAUGCCGCGUCGCGCUAAUGGAACAAGAGUUGCACCACUAACACCAUUGCCUUCUCCACAAGUGUCUGAAGGAAUACCAACACCACGGAGCUUGUCAGGAUUGGAGGGGAUUGCCAAUAGAUUGGAAGGGUUAUCAGGGAGGAGCAGUUCUCAGGGUUCAGAGCAUUUCAGAGGGUCUUCAAAUGGCGAUGACACAAUUUGCAUUUCAGAUUCAACCUCCAUGAGAGACGACCAAGAUGACGGUGGUUCGAUGUUUCACUCUGCAGAUGAGUACAACAUGGAUCUUGAGAAUGGAAAAUUAGAGAAAGGAAGAAGAAAUCAAGAUAUGUACAAUCAAAUAAAAAAGGCCAUGGAAGACGCCAUGGCGGAGGCUACAAAUGCGAAAAGAGGAGCAUACGAAGAAUCUACCCGGCGUCAGGAAGCAGAAAAGUCUGCAUUGGAAGCUAAACGCAAGGCCCAUGACUCAGAAAUGUUAUACAAAAAGGAGUUCAAGAAGAGGAAAGACAUGGAGGAAUUGCUUGCAAGAGAAAAACAAGAAGUAGAAAACACGAGGAGCCAGCUAGAUCAAGUCAUGAAAGAACUUCGAAUUGCCCAAGACCACAAGCUAGAACUGGAGCGGAAGUUGGAAGAGUUGCACCAGAAAAUCGCCUCGGCUGUGGAACUCAUGACAUCUCUCAAGAGCCAGUUGGACGAGUUGCAGAAAGAACGUGAUGAUGCAGUCCGAGAAGCUCACGAACUGAGGACAAUGAGAGGAGAUGAUGGCGCAAGCUCGCAGAGCCUAGGGUUCCUACCUGAGUUCCCUUUCUCAGAAAUUGAGCAGGCAACUCAAAACUUCGACCCAUCAUUGAAGACCGGUGAAGGGGGAUAUGGAAACGUCUAUAGAGGACUCCUUCGCCAGACCAAAGUGGCCAUCAAGUUACUGCAUACCAAUAACUCGCAAGGCUGCAGAGAGUUCCUUCAAGAGGUAACCAUUUUGAGUAAGAUAAGGCAUCCCAAUCUGAUAACCCUGAUCGGAGCCUGCCCAGAAGCUUGGGCGCUCAUAUACGAAUACUUACCCAACGGGAGCCUGGAAGACCGAUUAGCUCGCAAGGACAACACUCCCCCUCUUUCAUGGCAAACGCGAAUACGCAUCGCUGCAGAAGUAUGCUCAGCCCUCGUGUUCCUCCACUCACACAGCCCUCAAAGGGUCGUCCAUGGGGAUCUCAAGCCAGCGAACAUCCUCCUGGAUUACAACUUCGUCAGCAAGCUCAGUGACUUUGGAAUCUGCCGCUUAAUCCCCCACGAGGGGAGCUCAACCAGCCCACAAUGUCAUAGAACCGACACAAAGGGAACCCUUGCUUAUAUGGACCCAGAGUUCCUGGACACAGGAGAGUUGACAUUGAUGUCGGAUGUUUACUCAUUUGGAAUUAUAUUGUUAAGGCUUUUGACAGGAAGACCAGCCAUGGGAAUAGCCAGGGUGGUUCAGUAUGCACUGGAUAAAGGAAACUUAAAAGCAGUGCUGGAUGAAUCGGCAGGGAACUGGCCUUUUGUGCAAGCAAAGCAAUUAUCUCACCUGGCACUGAGGUGCUGUGAAAGGAACCGGGAGAGCAGGCCCAACCUUUCAUCGGAGGUGUGGAGGGUGCUUGAUCCCAUGAGGGCUUCCUGCGGAAAUUUAUCUUCCUUCCGCCUGGGUUCAGGAGAGCACUUCCAGGUUCCAUCCUAUUUUCAUUGCCCCAUUUUCCAGGAAGUCAUGCGUGAUCCCUAUGUAGCAGCGGAUGGUUAUACAUAUGAAGCCGAGGCAUUAAAAGCAUGGUUGGACAGUGGACACGACACUUCACCCAUGACAAAUCUUAAGCUCGCCCACUGUGAUCUCAUCCCCAAUCAUGCCCUCCGAUCUGCAAUUCAAGAGUGGCUAUUCCAGCCCUGAAAUCCUCUGCUUUCUUCUUUUAAGCUGUUUAGGUUUUCCUACCUUUUCUUUCAAAUCAAACACAGCCUUAUGUAUUUUACAUUCCACGGUGUUUUUUUUU